UGUUGCCUCUAACUUUUUCGGGGUUUUGCGUAUUAAGCGCCGAAAAAGUUUCAUUGAUUUUUUUUCUUAUUUGGGCGCGGAAAUGUGUGAGUCCAAUUGGAAUAUCUUAUGGGCAGCAUACAAGUGUAGUGAAUGACGAAAGUUGUAGAAUAGUGGGGAGGUCCCCAUGUUAGAAUUACACCAAAAGAAAAACCAUCAGUCUUGUGGCAGUGUCGAAAGAGUGUGAAUUGUCCAUGGAACUAAACGCUGAGAAUCUCUCCAUUCGCAUAAUUAAUAACAUUUUUAUAGAAACGUCAGAUAUUUGGCAUUGAAAAAAGAGUCUUUUUAUCUGUGUGCGCAUGUUUAAUAUAUUCUUGUGAAGAAAAAUGUCGAACAUUGGUUGGAACUUGAAGGCGGGUGGCGCCGAGCAGCCGAUUCAGCCCACACCACCAACUCAAAUUGCCGCCAAUAAUCAUCCCCCUAACCAGCCGCCGCCGUCCUACAACUCAAUCUACCCACAGAUCCCUAACCCUAUUGCACCCAGUGCUCCCUACGUCCUUCAGCCUGUGCAGAACAAUAUGCAGAUCCCAGGGCCAGGUACUUCUACCAUUCAGUCCACCAUAUCACCUCAGAUGCAGAACAUCAUCAGCCACGGGCAAUCCCUGCUGCCUCAGCAGCUGCAAGAUGCUGCUGCACAGGUACAAACGGCCAUCAGUAGCACCCUCAGCGGUAAUCCCUUCUGGCUGCCGGCCAGUGAAGGUCAAGUGCCGCCUGGUGCCGUCGUUGGGGGUCACGAGGUCGGCGGCGAGAAGCUCUACGUUGCUCGCGCACGACACGGCGGAGCAUUGAUCCCCGGAAAGUUGGUACCGUCUCACCGCUGCUGCUACGUGCCUUGGGGAGGUCGUGAGCAUUCUGUGAAGCACUACGAAGUGCUCUGCAACUGUUCCGGCACCUGGAUUUCCGCCUCCCGAGGCAACUACUCGCCCCAUGCACUUCCGGGCGGAACGAGCGAGAAGGGCGAGACCCUUUACAUCGGCAGAGCGAACCAUAAAGGCUCCCAAACCAUCGGAAAGAUCCAGCCGUCGCACAAGCUCUGCUACAUUCCGUACGCCGGAAAGGAAAUCGGUUACAAGUCCUACGAAGUCUUCGUGCCCAACAACUAAAAACUCUUGCAUUUUCUUCAUUUUUCUCUUUAAUAUAGAUUUUUUUUUAUAUCCCACAGAUACAAUAUUCUCAGGCGUAGUAUUUUUUUCGCCCUUUUAUCUUAAGAACAUUACGUUGUUGUUGUUUUUUUUUUUAUAAAUUCUCAAUGUUUAAGUAGAUUUUUACUUCUCCGAAAAUGUCAAAAAAAAACAAACAAUUACAGGAAAUAUUGUAAACUUCUCUAUAUUGACAAAAAAAAAUAUAAUGAAAAUACAAAAUAGAGUUUACUGCACAACAAAA